AUGACUCAUCUUCAAUUCAACCCAUCCUUGCUAGAAACCCUAGCCGACAAAGUCGUCAUUCUGACUGGCGGUGCAACCGGAAUUGGUCGCUCAGCGGUUCAACAAUUCUGCAGCAAUGGCGCAAAAGUAGUAUUUGGCGAUGUGGUCGAAGGCCCAUCUCGAGAACUAGAAACCGAAAUCGGCUCAAACGUCCAAUUUGUCAAGUGUGACUCGUCGAGUUAUUCCGACCAACUCAAUCUAUUCAAGACUGCAUACGAAAAAUACGGUCGAAUCGAUAUCGUUGUCGCCAAUGCCGGAAUCUCCAUUCACCAAGAUGUGUUUAGUCCCGAUGCCGAUAUCGAACAAGAACCCUCCAUGGCCGAGAUAGAUAUCAACCUGAAGGGACCUCUUUUCACCACUCGUAUUGGAAUGCAUUAUCUCCGAAGAUGCGGUGGUGGUGACAUUGUGAUGGUGAGCAGUAUUGCUGGCUUCAAGGAAGGCGAGGGGCUGGUCCCCUAUACCGCGAGCAAGCAUGGCGUCCUGGGGAUUAUGCGGGGAAUCCAUCUGACCGGCACGCGGGAGAAUAUCCGAGUCAACGUGAUAUGUCCCUGGAUGACAAAAACACGCAUGGUACUUGCAAUCGAACAAGGAUGGUAUGACCGGGGUUUGCCUACAAAUGAGCCUGCAGAUGUUGCCAGGUCGAUUGUGCUUUGCGCGACUGCGAACCGGGGGUCAGAUGAGGUCACACACGGUGGGGCUCGUCUUCCCUUUGCGGGGAAGAUUGUUUUUGUGGCUGGUGGAGAAAGCUAUGAGAUUGAAGAUAGGAUUCAGGAUUUGGAGCCACAGUGGCUUGGCGAGGAAAACAGCAAGGUGCUUUUCAAGGGUCAGGAAUACCUUGCUAAUCAUAGCUGGGAUGAGAACAAGAUGUGA